AUGUUCCAUUGGGGGGGGGGGGGGAGGGGUCAGCCUGGAACGUGCGGACAAGGGAGGAGUGUAGAUUGUAGCUGGCGUUUUAUCUUUGAUGAUGAGCGAAAAGAGGGGAAACUCCUAGAGCUGGUUGAAAUAUCGAACCUCUAUCGCAUAGUGCAGAUUCAGCCUGCAGAAGAGGGUGGUGAUGGUGUGGCUAGCCGAUUAACUGUCGUGUCGACGGUACAUUUACGGAAAGUAGCCAGACAUCUCACAGAUCCACAAGUGAACAGAGAGAAAAGGACCAGGUCCAUCCUCGCUCGUCAGACUCGAUCGAGACAGAGACAUGAACAGACAGUCGCAAGCGACCGAGAAACAAUAUUAAGAACCAGGCUUGUGUAA